AUGGCCAGUUUACUGACAGAUAUAACCAGGAGAGCUUGCAGGUCAGCGUCUGUGGGGGUGGUAGUGGUACAGAGCCUGUCUCAGUCCCGAGCCCCUCGAUCCUCCUGGGACAGGAUCUGCGAGACUGCCAUUAAGUUGCAGGAUUAGGAUAACGCUGCACAGCCGAAGGCAGGGCUCGAGAAGCACACUGAGCAGCUUGUAGCAGAGAUGCAGUUCCUUAAAAAGCUGCAUGAUGAAUAGGUGGCUGACCUAUUGAAACAGCGGACUCCCAAGAUCACUGUCGAGUUAAAUAAAGUGUGUCCUAAACUCGUGGCCAACCUACCCAACACGCGGACAGAGAUAGACAACAUCCAGGAGGAUUAGAAGUGGUACAAGAGCAAGUUUGACACUCUUAAGCAGGACACUGGCAAACAUGAGGAUCAAAAGACCAUUACAACCCUGCAUAGGCAGCUGACACACAUCUAGAGCUCGAUUGACACCCUCUGGGCUCGUAUAGUCGGCCUUGAGCUGCACCUGGACAUAGAGGUGUUCCAUAUGGAGAAUACGGGGAUCCUGAAAGAUGUCAUCGUACUCUUGGGAACCCAGUUCUGCGAGACCAAACUUGAGAUGACCAAGUGUUUUAAAGACUUCCAGGCACUUCUUCACACUAAACUUAAGCUCCAACUAGAGAUCACCACCUUCAGGAAGCUUCUAGAAGGGAAGGAAGUGAGGCUGGGAGUUACCCAAGAUGUGUGAUUUAUCAGAUAAGUGAUUCUUCACAGGCAUGCAAUUCCACAGAAGACCAUUAUAGCAGUGUAGUGUGUAGAGAGAGCAUCACCAAUUCUUAUUCCCUACCUCACCCUGCAUACUUGCCUAUCAAGGAAGGAUACAAAUCUGACAAGCAAUUCUAUGGAAAUGAAGGGAAGCGUGUACCCAGCCCCCCCAGUCACCUUGACCUCAUUUCCCAAACACAUUCCCUUGCUUCCCAACCUGUCCUGGUCCUUACUGCGUCAUAUUUGACACUGGUUCUAAAAAUAACCCCUUUUCCAUUUAGUUGCUUCUUCUGUCCCCCACCCCUCACUCCAUUUGUCAUAUUUGGCAGCCUUAAUGUCUCUU